AUGGGCCUCAUCAAGACCGGAUUGGCUCUAGCUGGAGGCUAUGGCCUUAUCAAGGCUGCAUCAAAAGCCGUCAAUGACUAUGAAGAUAAAAAGCAAAGACGCUCAACUCAAAUCCAACAGCAAUACUACGCCGGUCAUGAGCCACAGAUGGGCAAUAUGCAAGGGAGCCAGAUGUGCCAUCAAAACUCUCAACCUCAAUGGCCCUCAUCGAGCGGUUCGCAGUCUCCCCAAGGAAAUUACACUGGCAACCAUUUCCCCCAUCAGAUGAAUCCUCGCAGGAUUCAAGACGAUUCAAAGAGCCAUGACAACUUCGUCAAUCAGUCUCCUCCUCCAUAUCAUCAGGGUCACGCAGCUGAGAGGGAGGGUGGUGCUCAACCUGGAUCGGCCCAAGAAUACUAUUCUGGAAAGAAAUUUUGA